CCCCGCCUCCCCCCCCCCCCCCCCCCCCCCCCCAAGCCGGUUGGAUCCUGUUGCGGUGCCGCUGGCGCUGCUGGGACGGGGGGGGGGGCGGUGGGAGGGCGCUCUCCCUGAGCAGCGGGGCUGGCUGGUUGGCAGGCGGGCGGCAGGCAGGCAGGCGCAGCCGCUCGCCCUCAGGCAGGCAGCGCGCCCGGCAGCCGGGCGGGAGUCGCCGCAGCUCCGGAGGUCGGGGCCGGCAGCUGUCGCCGCCGCACAGCCUCGCCAUGCCGAAGAGAAAGGUGACGGUGGCGGACCGGGAGGCCCCCGAGGAGCCGAAGAGGCGAUCGGCGCGUCUGUCCGCUAAACCCGCUCCUGACAAAGCAGAGCCGAAACCAAAAAAGCUAGUGGCAAAGGAUAAAUCUGAGGACAAGAAAGCUCAGUCAAAGGGGAAAAAGGGGCCUAAAGGAAACCAGACAGAAGAGAUAAACCAAGAACAGACAAAGGACAACUUGCCUGCAGAAAAUGGGGAAGCUAAAAGUGAGGAGGUAAAACCCCAGCAUCUGAUGCAGCAGUAGAGAAAGAAGCUAAGUCUGAAUAAGAUCUGGUACCAAGUCUUUAACUGGUGGUCCUUAUACUUUUCUUCUUGCACAAUUCAGAGGAAUAUUUUUAUCAACUAUUUUGUAAAUGCAAGUUUUUUAGUAGUUCUAGAAAACACAUUUUUAAAAAGGAAAGAAUCCCAACUCAACCCUUUUUUUUACAUAUUUAGAUAAGUGUAAAUGCUUUUUUUAAGUGGUAAAAUCAUGUACUGGUUGUCUGUUUUCUAUGAAACCAGAAAUUAAUGACAUGUUACAUUAAGGGGAGGGCUUUGAAGCCGUGAUUAGGCUUCAUAUUCCAUGGAGUGUGAGGGACUGUUUUUCUAUCCUAUUAAGUGGAGCAUAACACAGAUCAGACUUUGGAAUUCAUAAUGGUACAUUGAGAAUGUCUUAACAUGUUAGUUUUUUAUCUUUAUGGUUGUACCAUCAGUAGAAUUGCUUAUCUAAUAAAACUGCUCCCUCGUGUUGGA